CUGAGCGAGCAGCAAGCCACGACCAGGAAGCUGGAGACCCACGAGUUACCCAACAGCUGCUGGAAUUGCAAGCAGAAAUUCAGCGCGGAUGACUCGGCAGCAUCCGUGACUGCUGAGAAUGGCAGUAACACACUCACGGCCACCAGAAUCAAGCCCAACUCGGAACCCGGCUACGAUAAGAGGAACAGUGUUUGCAGCACAGCGACUGAGUGCGAGGAAGUCGAUUUGCCUCCGGAUGCCGCGUGGGAAAUGCUGGAAAGGGAAACGCUGUUGGAUGGCGAUGAUUCUGGCGGAAACAUUCUGCAGAAAGCCGAUCCGUUGCAGGUCACGACCGUCACCUCCAAUGCUGCUCGUCGGAUGAAAAAAGAAGGAACCUUCAAUGAAAGACGUGAUUCUCACACUACAGCGGAUUUCAUGGGCAACUUUCCAGCUGAUGCGGACGGAGUCGAAGAAACCGUGCUGACUGAUGAAGACGACGACCUGCUCACACAAGUCAGCGACGAGGACACGGAAUUCGAAGAGGCCGAAGCCAUCCGAGACGGCAAACACAACUUCGCAAUCAAGAAGAAAUCCCGAAAAAGGCGGAAUUCGGAUGAUGAAGAAGAAGACGACGACGACGAAGAAGAAGAAAACACGUGGUCUUCGGAUGUUUCCGUAACCGGGAGCACUUGGGCAGAGGAACAAGACGCCAACACCAGCGAACAGCCGCUGCGGAAGGCGGUGGACAAGUGGACCAGCACCCUGUAUUGCAUUGCUGUGGUGGAACGCUGGCGUCGACCUCUGCUGCUUGCCCAGAGAAACAAGCUGAAGAACAUCAAUAUUGAUGAUGAGAACGAAAAUGAAGCUGCAGAACCAGUUUCCGAAGCCGAAGAAAUCCUGGUUGAUGAGUCUGAGAACGAAGAAACUGAAGAAACUCGCAAUUGGCAUUUGACUUCGUCGGCAUACGCUUCCUCGGACCUUGGAAGCGACAUCCCUGCAAUUUUGAACGCGUUCGCGGCUGCCGGUAAACAUUGGAAAAUACAAGAGGUCGCUCCUACUGACCGAGUAUCCAGCACCACUCUCGCUCCUCCGGACAACGAUCAAGAAAUUUGGACAGACACUGAAGACAUGGAGCAGCCUGAUGAUUUCCAGCAAAGCCUGGAUGAGACUGAGUCUGCAGCAGCUGAGAAAGAACAAGAAUUAUUACCCAUAGCAGAUGAGCCUCAAGUCGUGUACAUCGGCAUGGAGAAGAGCGCAGACAUCUUGACAACCACGAGCACUUGUUGCGCUUCGUCCUCAUCUUCCGCUCCGGUGGACUAUUUGAACGUUCAAGGACAUGGCAAUGAAGAACAAGGGUUGACAGAGGAAGAAGAUCUCGGUGUGCUGUCUGGCAACGAAGACGCUUCGGUUGUUUUAAAUUUAUCCGAAGAGCCCAGUUUACCAGCUGAUUCCGUGCUCACGGUUCUCCAUGUCUCACAAGACUUGAAAAUAAUGCGUCAGUCGCCGGAUGAUGACACCGUAUCAGCAGUUGGCAUCGCUGACGGAAGAAACAAAGAGUCUUCGUUGAUGGCAGCAGUUUCACCCUCCAGCAGCAUCAUGUCAUUGUCUUCUGUCGGUGACCAAGAUGAAGAUAAAUUCAGGCAAUCCAGGGGAAAAAGAGGCCAGGAAAAGUUGAAAGAUGACGUGAAUUCAUCUCGAGGAUCACCAACUGCAGCAUCAGCUAACACUCCGGUGAAUGGGGCUCCGCAAGAUGGAGCCUCUGGCACUGCAACAAACGCAGCCAAUAAUACGGAUGCUGGAAACAAAAGGAAACGGCGGAAGAAUUAUCGACAUCAUCAUCGCAAGCACUCAGGCCAAGGAAAUGAGAAA